GGGCGGAAGGGGCAAGGGAAAGGUAGACUCCCGAGGUAUCCCGACAUCACCAUGGAAGCCUUGAGCCUUGGCCCGCUGGUCGUCAUGGACUCAGUGAACCGAGACCUGCUCACUCAGACUGGAGCCAACGGUGACAUCCUGACGAGCCUCAGCCACCAGAACCUGCCCGACGGGCCUAAGAAACUGGGGCAGCUGUUUGUUGACCGCGUGCUCGGGGUCGCGCGCAGCGUCGUGUCAGCGCCGGCGACGCCAAUGACGCCGUUGCCCCCGAGCGGCCGGCUGCUGCACCCGCACGACACGGCCUCCGUGGUGCUGCUCUGCACCCAGGGCGACGUGAACGACCUCCGCAGCCGGGCCCCCGACGCCUCCGCCAUCAGCGUCCUCGGCGCGAUCGCCUCCAUUUCCCACGUGUCUGCGGACGACGAGAGCGUGCUCAUGUCUCUGAGCUGCUACCAGUUGGCCGAGCCAGACAAAACUGCCAGUUUUAUGUUCCUUUGA